AUGUCAAAGCACCUGAAGUUGAUGUUAAGGCUCCCAAAGCUAAAUCCAAAGGAUUCUUUGCAAGAGUGAAAAAUAACAUAGCUGGAGCAUUUGAUUCAGAUAAAGAUAACGAUGUGAAAGUGAAAGCUGAUGUGAAUGCCCCAGAUGUCAAAGCUCCUGUCAGUCUGGAUUAUAAUGCAGAUGCCAAUCUUGGAAUGGCUGGAGAGAACAUUGUUAUACCAGUUUCUGAAACUGAUGUGAAUCUUAAAGCCCCAAAUGUAAACCUUGGAGGUGAUGUUGAAAUCCCUACCACUGACCUUGAUGCUGACAUGAGCUGGAAAUCACCAAAUGUUGAUGUUGAUUAUGAUGUCAGAGCACCGAAUGUUGAUGUUAAAGCACCAAAUGUUGAUUAUGAUGUCAGAGCACCAAAUGUUGAUGUUAAAGCACCGAAUGUUGAUGGUGAUUAUGCUUUCAAGGCACCAAAUGUUGAUUAUGAUGUCAAAGUACCAAAUGUUGAUGGUGAUUAUAAUGUUAAAGCACCUGAAGUUGAUGUUAAGGCUCCCAA